AAAUGUGUCAAAAUGGCGAGAUCCAUUAAUAUUGUAGGUUAUCUUCUUACAAAAUAAAUUAUUGAAUAGUUUAUCAAAGAAACUAUCGUAAAACCAAAAUUGUUAUACGCUUAUUUUGGUAGGCCUAUAUUUUACUUAAAAUAAUUUAAGCAGAAAUUAUUAUGUAUAUAGAAUUAAGUAAUUGCCUACCGCAGCCUUGGCCUUUUAGCCUUCCUAAGUUAAGUAAGUUAGUUAGUUAAGAUAGUCUUAAUAUUAAGCCUAAUUAAAGCUUACAUACUAACUAGAGCUUAAACGUUACGACUGAGCCAUUGAUGUGAGGCUUUGGAUUAGAUUUAUCAAUGUCUAAAAUUGAGUGUGCUUUACUUUAUUUAUAUUAUAGGAAAGUAUAGGCCUACGAAUUUAUUGACUUUAAAUUAAAGUAAGUGUUAUAUUUAUAUAUUUUAAAGUUAUUUUAAAAUUUAAUUAGAUUAUUCUUUUAAUUAGUAGGUCCUUAUUUAUUGAUUGUAAAUUUAUUGGAUGGACUAACUGAUACCUAAACCUUAAGACUUAAGGUUAUUAAGAAGAUGAUUUUAACUUCUACUAAAAGUAAAACUAGAUUAUAUUUGUUCAAUUUUAUCAUAAUUAAAAAUAGAUUGAUAACAUGAUCCAUUAUAUUUGUUCAAUUUUAUCAUAAUUAAAAAUAGAUUGAUAACAUGAUCAUGGUGUUUGGACACAUUGUGAAAAAUAUCUCAUCUAAACCAGAGGUGGGGGGCAGGGAGGGACAGAAGUCCCCGGGCGCCAGGUAGUUAGGGGCCCCAAAAUGUGCUUUGAUAUUAUUUUAUCGAUGAAAAUAAUGGGCUUGAGAGUUGAAAAAAAGAAAAAGGGGCGCUUUAAAAUGGAUCUUGUCCCCGGGCGCGAAUCUUGUCCCCGGGCGCCAAACACCCUCGCUACGCCUCUGAUCUAAACUCCAUAUCAUCAUGCAUCUUGGCCAUGUGACAAGGAGGCAGGGUUGCAAACUCAAUGAAUAUUAAUAUUAAUAUUAACAUAAUAUUUACUUUUAUAUUUUAAAAUAAAUCUUCCAAAUUUUGCAGACACAGGCCUACAAAUUCUACAAUUUUUUUUAAAAUGGAUACAUUGUUUAAUAUAAAUUUGGUAAAUUCAUGAAAAAGAUGAUGUUAAAACAAUUAAAAUAGAUGUGGAAUAUGGCAAUGUCUAUCAAUUAUAAUAAUCCCUGUCAUUGCAAAAUCCUAUAUAUAAUAUAAUAUGUAUCGUUAGUUUAUUACAUGACAUUUUCAUCGCUGGUUGAUUUCACCUGCAUAUGACUAUGACCACACAAAUUUUAAUCAAACAAUGGGAAGAAAUCAUAAAUGUUGAUAAUUUCGUUUUCUUUUCUUUUGCUUCAAAACUAUUUAGGACAAGUUCUCAUUUUUUUUAAAGACAACCGUAAGUUCUUACAAACUUUUACAGAUAAGUUAUUUUUAAAAAAUUUUUUUUACAGCCUUUUGGAAAUGCUGUUAGUAGACCGACUAUAGGCCUAUAUCUGUUCCAAAUAAAAUCUUGAUUAUAUAUUUCAGGGUGAUCAGACCUUAAAAUGGUGGAUUUUCAGUCUCAUUAUCGAAUUCAUCCACUUGGAUUUACUGCUCAUCCGUCUCGAGUCGGUGUUAAAAAUUUAAGGACCUUGUAUCAUGAAGAAGGGAAAAAAGUGUUUAGAAGUCGUCAUUUCAGGCCAGGUAUACAAACAUGUUUAUUUAGCUAGUAAAAAUUUAAAAAAAAUUAAUCCAUUAUUAAUAAGUUUUAAUCCAUAAUUUUAAUGCAAAGGUGGGUUACAUUUUUGUGCUGAUGACGGCAAUGAAGUUUAAUUUUUUCAUGGGUCUCAAAAUAAUUUUGGAGACAUUAAAUUUAAAUAAUUUCUAAGAUAAAUUUUAAAUAAUUAUAGUGAGAUGAUAACUAACAGAUUAUAUCUGAUAACUAGUUAAUAGUUCAGUUUUUUAUUUUUUUUUCACAUGGAAAGGUUACUAAGACUUUAUAUAUGACAGUUAGUAUGCAGGGAGAUGGCUUGCAAGUCUUAUUUGUCUCUUUGUGCCUGGAAUGCUGGUGUAACAAGAGUUAGCACUGCUCAGGGCAGGCGUACAAUUAUCUUCCCCUGCUUCCAUGAAAAAUCUAUACAUUCAGUCGGAAAUGACGUCUUUCCAUAAUGGGCGGACCAGUUCUAAUUAGCAAUUCUAGCUUGGAUUAAUACAGAUAGUCAUUUGUUAGUUGGUCCCUUGCUUAGAAUAAUUGUGUAUUAUAUUCUUUAAACUAUGUCUGCAGAUAGUGUUUAAGAUGAUAUGAUGAUGAUACAAAAUUAAAGCAGAUUUUCUAAGCAAUAGUAUGGCUUAAUGAAAAUAGGCCUACUUGUUAGUAUUUAAUACUUGGAAAAUUAAUAUAACUUUUUUUUCUAGUCCAUGAUUGUAGGGCUGAUGUAAUGAAAAACCACUCAAGCAACCAAGAGUUUGAGGCUUGGAUUCUUAGUCAUGGCUUACAACAAACUUAUAAGGCUGUUGAUCAGCUGCAUUCUAAAACUGAAACAUCAAAACCAGAAUCCAGAGAGUAAGCUAAUUUAGAGGAAUGAUAUUGUUAAGACUUUUGUGUCAUUAAAAUAUUUUAUACUUACGUUAUUUUUAAAGAAGUUAAUCACACUUAAACUGCUAUAUUUUAAAAAAGUGAAUUACCAUUGGUAGCUUGAAGUUUUUAAAUCUUUUUUGUUUAUGUGCAGUUAUAAUGAAAAUAGAUUACAUUUUUAUCUACAGUCCAGGCAAGCUUAUAUCUCAGAUUGGGUCCCAGGGAAAGGCAGAUGGCGAGUUCAAUUACCCAAGAGGUAUCUGCACUACAAUGGAGUGUGACAUUUUGGUUGCAGAUUCAAUGAACCAUAGAAUUCAGCGCUUCAAUCAGUUCGGAAUUUUUGUAAAUCAAGUUGGUUGCCUUGGUAAAGGGGAAUUAAAAUUUAACGAACCUUGUGAUGUUAUUGAACUACCUAAUGGAGAUGUUGCUGUUGCUGACAGGAAGAACAAAUCUUUGCAGGUCUGUGGAAUACUAAUGAUUUCCUUUUUAAUCUGUGAUUAUAUCAUUUUAAAUAGAUUCUUAAAAGUAUGAUCUUGUAUCAUUUACUUUAGAUAUUUCUUUGAUUUGUUAUGCAACAUGAGUUGUGAGCCAUUCAUUUAAAUAUGUUUUAAAUGAGAUUCUUAUUAUGUUGAGAUAAAUCAUAUUAAAUUUUGAAAAUGGGAAAGUUUUGAGCAUUGUAUAAAUACUGGAAUAAUCCUUACCAGCUAUAGGUCAUAACUUACAUUACUAGCUUGACUGAUUUCUGUCUCAAACUCAAAUCUAGACAAAAUAAGAAUUUUAUGUUUGUAAGAUUCAAAAGUUUUUAGCAUCAUUGCACAAGAUAGUUAACUGAUUAGCUACCAGAUUAAAACAACCGCUGUGGCCGAAUUAAAUCUAGAUCACAUUUACUAAGAUACAAACAUUGGCGCUACAAGCAGCUUGUGGCCAUAACAAAACAAAUGCCCAGCCACUUCCACUGGCUCACGGUAGUUAACCAGUUAAGAGUUCAAUGAUUUUAUGAAAAUACUUAUGGGGAAAGGGUUUGAUCAAAUGAUGACUGACCAACAAAGGGUUUUAGGCUUACCAGAUUGAUGAUUAGAGAGAAAUGUUACGAAUAUAACAUCGACAUACACCAACUAUAUGUGGAUUACAAAACAGCAUAUGAUAGCGUAGACAGAAUUACUUAUACAACGAUCUACAAAGACUUGGAGUCCCUAACAAGCUUACGCGGCUCAUACAUAUAAUGAUGGCUAACUCCAAAAGUAGAAUCAAAGUGCAGGGAGAAUACUCAAGCGAGUUCCCAGUGAAUCAGGGCCUCAGUAUAGGAGACUCACUAUCAUGUAUCCUGUUUAACAUCAUGCUAGAGAAAGUUAUUAGAAGCAUACACGUGAGCAACAGUGGAACCAUAGCAAGCCACUUCCAGAGAGGUAUUACAGAACAACAACCAUCAAGAACCUUAUAUAGUCAGCCAUUGCAGUGUCUGGCACACGCAGACGAUAUAGCGCUCUUGGGUUGAAACAGUAACGACCAAUGUUCCCUCUAAGGUUUGUUGGUUCGUGUGCAAAAUCAUAAAGUUGUGUGCAAAGUUUUACAGCAUCAAUUUUUUUGUGUGCAAAAUUUUACAGCUCCCAAACACAAACACACUUACAUGGAAAUUUGCUGCGCGGAUACUCAAAGCUGCUGCGUGGCAUUUGUGAGAUAGCUGCACAGCUUAAAGGGAACAUUGGUAACGACAUAAUUAAAGCAUUCAGGGAACUUGAAAAUGCCUCAGUCAAGGCUGGUCUUGAUAUAAAUGAACCGAAGACAGAAUACAUGAUAAUGUCACGAAACGCCCACGCUGAUGAUAACAUCAAUAUAAACAACCAGAAAUUUGAGAGAGUGGCUACAUUCAAAUAUCUAGGGGCAACUAUAAACGAGCACAAUGAGAUAAUGUCGGAGGUGAAAGAAAGGAUAACAGCAGGCAACCGUUCCUAUUUCAGCCUACAAAAGCUACUGGGAAGCAAAAACCUCUCAAGGGGAACAAAAAAGACAAUAUACAAUACUAUCAUAAGACCAGUAGUAACUUAUGCUAGUGAGACUUGGACCCUUACCAAAAAAGCAGAGAACCUUCUCAAUACACGGGAGAGGAAAAUCCUCAGAAAAAUAUAGGGCCCAAUGAUGUAAAAUUAUAUCUGGAGAAUCUGUACAAACCAAGAGCUAUACCAAUUAUACAAAGACUCAUCCAUAGUCGCAACAAUAAAAAAAAGUCAGACUGCGUUGGGCAGGAAAUAUUGAAAGGAUGCUUGAAUGUAGAGCAGCAAAGGUGACAUAGAGGCAGAAACCUAGGGGCAGAAGACUCACUGGUCACCCAAGACUGAGAGGGAUCGACGAUGUGCAGAGUUAUUUACACCAGUUGGGGGUUUGCGCAUGGAGGCAGAAGGCCAUGGAUCGUUCCAAAUGGAAGGAUGUGGUGGAGCAGGCCAGGGCCCUACAUGGGCUCUAGCGCCACUGAUGAUGAUAUUGAUGAAUUGGAAAUGUAAAUAAAAAGGGCUUUCAAUGCAAGCAAGUUUCUCUCUUUUCAGUGCUUAUUGUGAUAAAGAGCAAAUAGGGUAUAUGGGGCGGGUCUAAAUAAAUAUGUAGGCCUAAAGAUGGAAGAAUGAUGAGAGUCCUUUUUCUGAAUCAAGGCAUUGCCAAUAUUCAAAGUGAUACUGACCAAAGCACUGAAAAAACUUGUUUGGAUGAUCUCAUUUCUACACAUGUAUACAUUCAAUAAGCCUAACAUGUUCUUGGACGCUAACACCAAAGUACACAAUAAGCCUAACAUGUUCUUGGACGCUAACACCAAAGUACACACUUAAUAAGACUAACAUGUUCUUGGACGCUAACACCAAAGUACACACUCAAUAAGCCUAACAUGUUCUUGGACGCUAACACCAAAGUACACAAUAAGCCUAACAUGUUUUUGGACGCUAACACCAAAGUACACACUUAAUAAGCCUUACAUGUUCUUGGACACUAUUAACAAAGUACACAAUAAGCCUAACAUGUUUUUGGGCACUAACACCCAAGUACACACUCAAUAAGCCUAACAUGUUCUUGGACACUAUUACCAAAGUACACAAUAAGCCUAACAUGUUCUUGGGCACUAACACCAAAGUACACACUCAAUAAGCCUAACAUGUUCUUGGACACUAUUACCAAAGUACACAAUAAGCCUAACAUGUUCUUGGGCACUAACACCAAAGUACACACUCAAUAAGCCUAACAUGUUCUUGGACACUAUUACCAAAGUACACAAUAAGCCUAACAUGUUUUUGGGCACUAACACCAAAGUACACACUCAAUAAGCCUAACAUGUUCUUGGACACUAUUACCAAAGUACACAAUAAGCCUAACAUGUUCUUGGGCACUAACACCAAAGUACACACUCAAUAAGCCUAACAUGUUCUUGGACACUAUUACCAAAGUACACAAUAAGCCUAACAUGUUCUUGGGCACUAACACCCAAGUACACACUCAAUAAGCCUUACAUGUUCUUGGACACUAUUACCAAAGUACACAACAAGCCUAACAUGUUCUUGGGCACUAACACCAAAGUACACACUCAAUAAGCCUAACAUGUUCUUGGACACUAUUACCAAAGUACACAAUAAGCCUAACAUGUUCUUGGGCACUACUACCAAAGUUAGAAUAAGACUAACAUUUUCCUGGGCAAUACUACCAUGUAUGAUCAUUAAAAAAACCUACAGUCAAUAAGAUAAUAACCAGGCAGUGUUUUUUGAAAAAAAUAUUACUAUUAUUAUGAGUCCAGUUGGCUGCUUCAUGUGUUGCAUAGAUCAAAGCCUCCAAUUUUAUAUUGAUUGUACAUUUCCUUUUUGUUUAUUUUUUUUAGUGUUUCUGAGCUAAAAGAUGUCAAGUUUAUCAUCAAAUUUUAUUCCAUUCAUUUGCUAUAUCCAAUAUAUAUUUAUACAAAGAAUCAUAUUUGAGCUUAAUGAUUAGACUAUCUACAUGCAUAGGAGCCAAAAUGAUCAAUAAAUUGAUCGUGGGCCCUUAAGAUAUAGAAGAAGAAGAAGAAGAAGACUUAUUGAUUUUUGCACCAUGGAGUGCAUAAUUCUACACCUUGUAUAUGAACCCAAUAUUAUAUAAUAACCAAUGUUCCCUUUAAGCUGCAACAAUCUCACAGAUGCAGUGCAGCAGUUUUGAGUACAACCAGCAAAUUUCCAUGCAAGUGAGUGGGCUGUACAAUUUUGCACACAACUGUAUGAUUUUGCACACGAACCAACAAACCUUAGAGGGAACAUUGAUAAUAACAAUGAUUUUACAUCAUGAUUAUUAUUAUGGCUAAAAUUUAUAUAAUAUGAUUUUAUUACAGGAGGAUUCACAUAUGGUGUACACCACCAAUAAACUCUAGCGUGAUACAAAAUGAUAUUGCUCAUUGCAGGUGUUGUCUGAAGAUUUCGUCUUUAAAUAUUUUAUACCACUGCAUGAGGAGCCCCUCAGCUUGGGAUGUGACAGAGAAUCUUACAUUGCAAUAGCAACAACAACUAAAAAGGUCAUCAUGUUUGACUCUUAUGAAAGAGAGAUCAGGUCCAGUUUUCCUGUAGGUUCUAAGAAAAAGUCAAAAAGUGGUGGUGUACAUGUUACAAUGUCAUAUGACUCUACAGUAAGUUUGUUACAUGUCUUAGAAAAUAUAAUCCAUUAUUUCUAAAUAAAAGAAUUUGAAUGAAUAUUUAAGUAAAUCUCACAGAUUUGUUGGCAGCACAGUGGAAAUAUUUAGCUUCCUUAUUAAGAACAAAAGGAACUUCAUUUAGGAAAUUGUUCAGUUUUUUUAUAUUGAAAAUGAUAUCUAUUAUUCCAAUAAAUUUCAUGUGUUGAUUUGCAAAUUAUUUAAUAGCUGUAUAGAAGUACCAUAAUUUUGAUGAAAAUUGACAAAAUAACUAAAUAUUAAUUACCUAUUGUGUCACAGGCACAAUAUUUUUUUGUUGUGUAGUGACAACACGCUUUUAUGCUGUCUAGUUGUGCUCCAUGUUGUUUUCAUGCAAUAUACCUUGAACUAACCUUGAUGGUUGCCUCUGCUUAUUUAAUUAUCUUCCUUUUGAAGUAACUUAGUAAUCUGAUAUUUUCAACAAAUUUAUUAUCUCAAAAUCCUGGCUUUUGUAGAAGAUUAAAAAAUAAUUUAUGAUAAUUUUAUAUAAUAAACAAAUUGAGGACAAUGUGAUAUACCAUAAGCUUCAAUCAUUGAUAUAUUAUGUAAUAAAUAUUUGUUAAUCUUUAUCUCAGAUCAUAGUAAGUGAUGUUGAAGAUGGCUUCAUUUACAAGUAUUCACCUAAGGGAGAUUGUUUAGGAUAUUUCAAGCCAGACAGUCAGACCCAGGGGUUAGCUGUGGCAGCAGGGAACAUCUGUUUAACUCCACUUGGGCAAAUCCUUCUUGUUGACACACUUAACCAUACUGUUAAUUUGUACACAGAUUCUGGGACAUUCUUGCAACAAGUAAGUUAAUUUUUUAAUAAAGACAAAAUUAGUACCAGCAUUCAUGUUAUUGCUCUAAAGCUAUCAGCAAUAGUUCCAUUUAAAAAUGCUCCUCAAUUAAAAUGUUAAAGCUAAACUUCGCUUAAGCCUAGAUGGGCCAACAAUGGAAGAUCACAGUGGCUCUUUGUACUGAUAUUGUCUUAAGUGUUCACAGAUAAUAUAAUUUUAUGUAAAAUUUGGUCUUAAGAAUUAUCAUGUUGCCUGUAAACAAAUCUUUGUGGCCCUUAGAUCUAAGAGGAAUCAUUCCUCCUUUAACAUUAUUUGUCCUUUAACAUAUUUUGUCUGUUUUAUUAAUACUAAAAUUUGGCUAAAUUCAUUUGCAACAGGUCCUCAAACCAACAGAUGAUGUUGGCAACAUUUACUCUUUAGCGCUAGGAUUAGAAGGCCAUUUAGUAGUUGCUGAGUUUAGUGUAGUAGGAGAUCACUGUCUGAAAAUAUUUCGCUAUGGUCAGUGCAAGUGUCAUGAUGGAAAAACAAACAGCAGUAAAAGAAAGGAUACAGCACAAGCAUUGAAACAGGCCUUGUAGUUAAUAUAGCAGCAUCACCCCUUGUUGAUAAUAUAGCAGCAUCACCCCUUGUUGAUAAUAUAGCAGCAUCACCCCUUGUAGUUAAUAUAGCAGCAUCCAAGUAUUGAAAUUAAGUUGACUAUAUAAAAUAUUGAAAUAUUGUGUGUUGUUCAGGAAUUUUUUUCUUUUCAUUUUUUAAAGAAGAAAAUCUCUUCAAUAUUUGUAACAUCUACAACCAACUAAAAAUACAAUAACCCAUGUAUUUCUAAAUAAUAUAUUUAUUUAUUUGUACAGAUUCAUGUUUUUUUUCCAAAAUAACAAUGAUUAUGUGAUGCAAUUGUAACAUAUUUGAUGGCAGUUAAGUUGGCUAAAAACUGUACACAGAUGACAACAGUUGUAAUAGCUAAGGUAAUUAUAAUCAGAUCUAUUGAAAACAAAAAUUAAUAACAUUUUCAAAACAUAAUUUGGUGAACAUGCUUCAAAAUUUGUAUACGCCGGAUAUAAGAAUGCAAAUUAUUAUUUUUAAAAAUAUGUAUGCAUUAUAAAUAUAUGUGGGCUUCAACAUUUGGUUUUAAAUUAUUUAUUGUAUAUUUGAACCUGAAUUAUCAGAAUUUCAAACAGUCUUACUUUUUCUUAUUGUAUUUUUUGGAAGCUUUCCUUUAAAACUUUUUUUAAAAUGCCCCCUUUUUUAACCUCAUAUAAAUAUAAUAUAGUAUAAAAAAGUUAAUGACAUUGAAACUAGAGUAGACUAAACUAAUACAUUGUUAUAUUAUAAUCAGCAAUGACACACAUUUAGUUACAUGCCAAUAUAUUAAAAGUUUUACUGAAACAAAAAUUAAUUCAAAUUUAGAAGUGACAAAAAUUGACAUACAAAAUUACAACUGUUACAUUAAAAAAGAGAACAAAUUAACAAAAAUGUUUUAUGAUGUUUACAAGCAUGUAUAAUCCCAUAUAUAUAUAUAUAUAAACAAGAUCUGCUAGAUAAGAGAACAAGGUAAAAUGUUGAAGACAGAACAGAUCUGAAAUCACACAAAUCUGCAAUGAAAAGAAUUAAUUUUAUUUUUACAAACAAUAGAACAACAUUGUAAUUGUGCAAGAACUGAGAGUGAAGAAUUACAUACAGCAGACAAGACACCUCAGCAGCUAAUAAUAAAUGCUUUAGGCUUAUUGAACAUUAAUUAUGAUAUUUACAAGACUUGAGACAAGAAAGUACAGAACAUAGUCAAUGAUUUUUUUUCAACACUCUAUACAAGUCAAAAGAUCACAUCCUGUAGUGGAAUAUUUUAACAGAAACUUUUAAAAAAAAGCUUACAUCACUACAAAUUCUUGAACUUAGUAAUUUAAACACUAAACUCAAAGAUGUAAAAAUGAAUUCCAGAUACCAACUGUUACAACAAAUAAUUGCACAAAGAGUGUAAGGAAAAUGUCCAGAUAACAUGUUCUCACUCUAUCUGUAAAAUGAAAUUAUAUUUUUAAUAAAGUAGGAUGUUUAACAAAUUAAUUAAUUUUACAUACAACUUGAUUAGAUUACCUCAAUAUUAACCAAAAUAGUAAGGCAUAUUAUGAAAAUAGACAUGGGAUUUUAAAAAAAAAUUUAAUAUUCAUUUGGGAAAGAAUUUUGUUCAUUAUACAAACAUCAAUAGACUUUAUAAAACAUCUCCUAAACAUCUCAAAAAUCUUGAAAAGGUUUAUCAAACAUUUGGAUUAAUUUGCUUUGCCUUGAAAGUGUCAAAGUUUAGCCUUUAAGUAUUUACACUUGUAAUAUUUUAAGGAAACUAAAAUGCCCCUCAUAUAGUAAUGCUUUGUAUGAAGAAAGUUUUCUUUUAUGUUCACAACAUAUAAUUUUUUAAAAAGACAUCUUUGGUCAUCCAUAUAAAUGGUUAUUUACAGUGAAAAUUGUGCUUUCAAAUGUUCUAUAACUUAUAUUGAAUAAUUAAGGCUAGUAUAUAAAAGAUCAAAUCAAAGCAGUGUUUACAGUACUUAAAGAAAAUCAAGUGUUGUUAGCCAUUUAAAAAAUAUCGAUUUCAGACUCUCCUAAAAACAUUAUACUAAUCAACCAACAGUAAUAAGAAUUUAAUAAAAUUAAAAACUAAGAUCAAGGUAGAUAGGCAUAUUCAAGGUUCUUUUCAAUUUUGUAGAUUAUGAUGUCUGAUGAUUAUUUAUUACGAAAUGAAUGAAAAUCAUACAAAUCUAGCACCUUUUAAAUAAGAAAUACUAACAAAUAAUAUACGAAUUUAAUUUUUGAAAUAUUUGAAAAUAAAAUAAAUAGAAUAUCUACAAAAGAAUUUAGUGGGGAAAAAGAAGUUAAUAAACUUGGUGAAAUGGCCACUAAAGGCAGCACAACAUUGAAUUAUAUUGCACAGUUAAUAAAUACUUGUUUGAGCAUUUAACAUAAAGUCAAUUAUGAUAUGCAGUAAACAUGGUUUGUUGUGUGAAUGGCAAUUAUAAAACACAAUAUAGUUAUUCUUAUUAUGCUUUUACAUUUAAAGUCACAUCAAAUUGUAUUAUGAGAUAACAUAUUUAUCUUUAAAGAAUAAACUUCAUAAUUAUGAAUAAGUAUUAAGUAGAUAGUUCUCCUAUUGAGCCCUAAAAGAUCUAGGUUAAAAUAUGUAAAGUAUCAUUAAUCCCUGCUGUAAAUUUUGUGUAUUUAUGACCAGGCACUAAACUCAUAAAAAAAUUUUUUUUCUAUUCUCCAAGCAUGGCUAUUAAGGUAAAACUCAUAAGGACUAAAUGAACAAAACAGAUCAUUGAUUAAAUUUUCUCAGAAUCCAACCGACAAAAACUGACAGUUGCAUUCAAAUCAUUCAUUCCAUCUUCUCUUCAGAACUGCAAAUAUUUGUUCAGAGUUUGUUGGAGGUUGUCAGACCUUGAGAGAUCCAUCUUGGCCAGAUUACGACGGAACAAUAUUGGACAAUCCAGGGAGACACAACUUUGUUCACCUUCUUGUAUCCCUUGGCAAGUGUGACAGACCUGAAGAAGCGAUAUUCUGUCAUAAAAUUAUUCUGCAACUUUAAAAGAAAAUUUAAGCCAUUCUGCAUAGCUUAAGCAUAUUAUUAUUUUUAUUAAUUCUCCAUAUUAUCUUAAAUAAUCUUCAUCUAAUUUUAUCUUAAAGUAACAUUUUCCCCAUUAACCUUAUAAAUGAAUAAAAUGUAAAAAUUAACCUGAGUCAGUUUGUUAUACGUCCUAUCCCAGUCAUGAAUCUUGGCAGUCAGUGUCCAUACAACAAGCUGUGGAUCUCUUCUACAGUUGUCACAAAUGGACUUUUUUGUCUGGAUUUCACAAACAGGACAAUUUGUAGUAGCAAAAAACUGAGAUAUGGUACCCUGUUGAAAGUAAAACAAUAUGAGGUGAAAACAAUGACGGCAACAGAUAUAUAAUUUCUAUAAUCUAGCAAAUCAUUAAAGUGUGCAUCAAUUUUCCAACUAUACAUUUAAAAAAAUUGACAGUUACAAAUUAUAUGCAUGAACUUUAUAAAAAUAAUGCUGCAUCAGCAGUUUUUUAGAAAUUAAAAAAAAAAUAUAUAUAUUUUUUUCUUCUUUAAAGCAUGAUUCCCAAAUGUUUAUAGCUAUUGGUUUUGUCAUUUAUUUCAUGCUGUUGUAUUGCAUUGUUAGCUGGUGAUAAGUGCACCUCAUUAAGGAUGUUGCUCUACACCUGGGUAUGUUUGAGCUUGGCACAUUUUCAAUUUUAUUGUUCAUAUCAUUAUUACCUACUGUAAUUUAUUUUUAUUAGCCUUUUAAUUUUACAUUCAUGAUUAAAGUUCAAAGCAUAAGUGAAUGGUACACACUGGCAAAUUUGUUUAACUUGAUAGUCCACUUUUUGUAGAUAAUAUUGUAAUUAUGAAAUAAAAU